AUGUGUCACUUGCACCGCUUCAGCACGGAGCACCUGAUGAACGAGAGCUACGAGGAGGGGGAGGGGGGAGGCUCCUCCCGAGAAGCCUCGACGCCCGCGGCCGGCAGUCACCCGCCUCGCUCGCUUAUCGACGACGCGCGCGGCGCAGGCGCGGAGGGGACGAGCGACGCGACAGGCAGGCGGCGCGACAGCGACACAGUGCGGCGAGCGGCGACGAUGAAGGACGACGACAGCUCGUUCAACGUGGCGUUCGUGCGGCUGGUGCGGCAACACCGCAUCCUGUACGACAACACGGCGCUGUGCAGCAGGGAGGACAAGGAGCUGGCCUGGCUCUCCAUCGCCAAGCACUUCCAGGAGACGGUGAGCAACUGCGUGGAGCGAUGGCGCAACAUCCGCACGUCCAUGGGGCGCAGCAUGAAGAACUGCCGGCAGCGCUCCGGCGGCGGCCGCAGGAAGCCCUACUACCUGGCCAAGCACCUCGACUUCCUGCUGCCCUUCAUGUCGCACAGGGAGCGCAGGCCGCAGGCGCCGCGGCGGCGGGGCGGGCCCGCGGACAAGGACGAGGACAUGGAGGAGGAAGCGGAGGAGGAGGCGGAGGAGGAGGAAGUGGAGGAGGAGGCGGAGGAGGAGAAGCCGCCCGACAGCCCGCUCGAGACUAAGCCCUUCGCGCUGCUACAGGCGCUGAGCGGCAGCAGCCCGGCCGCCGCUGACCGGCGCCCGGCGUCGCCGCCUCCCGCGAGCGCAGGGGCCAGGCGGGACCCGGAGGACGCGGACUGGGACUUCCUGAGGUCGCUGCUGCCCGACGUGCGCGCCAUGGCGCCCGCCGACAAGCUCGCCUUCAAGAUCUCCGUGCUGGGCGCCAUCAGCAGCGUCCUGUACCCGCCCGCCGCCGCCCCAGUCACCCCCGUCCACCCGCGCGCGCAGGACCCGCUCUGAUCUCGCGGUGGCGAUGCCUUUCCGAGCACACCUCCCGGCUGACAGAGGCUUCCGUCGAGAAUUAACGCCUUUGGAAACCCAUUGCCAAUAAAUAGGGACCGGAAAAAUUCGCGGAUUCAAUGACCUCUAGGAUAGACUCCAUUAUCCUCUGCAUUUCUCAAGUAAACACGCGUGUUCAUUGGGUACUAAAUUGUGAGGCGUCUCCACUGGGUAGCUUCUGAUUCGAAGCUUCUUUGUUUGAUAGUCUCUCAUUGGCCUAGAGAGCUCCAGUUAAACUGCGAACCAAUAGCAGAACCAGCAGAAUUGUACACAUGUUUGAAUUUCAGCCUAUCACGAAAUGAAUCCGCGAAUUUUUCCGGUCUCUACCAAUAAAUAGCUAAGGGUAAUUUUUUUUUUACUCAUAUGAAGUACGUUUUUUUAGAGAUAACACUGAGCACUUCUUACGAAAAUUGGAGCAUCAUUUUUUUAAAAUAUUAAUUGAUGUUUCAUUCAAGCAUAUAUAUAUAUAUUAUUUUAAAUCGCGGAAAUAGAUAAUCGAAUAUUCAAAAAUUUGACUUUAUUUUUGUACUGGGAAGCUAUUCAGCGAAAGGUUUACAAAUAAUUUUAACUACCGGAAGUACUGGGUAAGAAUACCGAGGCCAGUACUACUGCGAACACUAUUUUGUAGUUAUACGGUUGUUUUCGUGUAAUUGUACAAAUGUACAAAUAUCUGUAAGUUCACGUGAAUAAUUCUGUUCCACUUACCAAAAAAAAAAAAUACAGUGCACAAGAACUUUUCUUUUUUCUUGACCUUUAUAAGACGAUAGACUUGUGUAUUCAUCAAAAUGUAUUUAACAAUAUGUUUUGAAUCCCGGAAAUCAUUCUCGAUUAUCUACUGUGUAGCUACAUUUAUUUCAAUUUCAAAGCGUGGUUUCUCUCAAAGCAUAAAAAGUUAACAAAACACUCGUACUCACUUGAAGUAAAUGCAACUUGCAGGGUCACGCGAAUAAUGAUCUCACGAAUAGAAAUCUCAACAACAAGAAAACCAAUUUACGUGCCAAGAAAGCUUCAAGGAGACGAGAUACGAGCCGUAAGACGCCAUAUUGGUUUCAACAAUUAUAAAUUUACAAUUUUUUUUCAUUAAAUAUUGAAUAUUACAUUAAAUUAUUUACUAUGCUUCAACGAGGCUUAAUUUUAAAGAUUAAAUGAUAUACAAUUGUAAUAGCCUAAAACCUGUUGCACCCAAUAUUGCGUCUUACCCUCUUCAAGGGAAGAAGGGAGGGAGAGAGAGAAGUAAAAGCUUCGUUCCGGCCUCGGUGGUUCAGUGGACAGAGGGAGUAAUCCUCAUCUUAGGCGCGGUAAUUGUAUUAGAAUUACGUUUUUGUUUCGUGGUCGGUUCCUCGCCAAUCCUUCCUGGCGGACGGCGGGACGUUAAUGUUCUCUCUCUCUUUUUUUUUCUCUCUCUCUCUCUAUCAUAGCUCUAUAUAUAUAUAUAUAUAUACACACACACACACACACACACACAUACACAUAUAGUUCCGUGGGCCCUGUUAAUAAUAGCACAUGUUACAAAUUGCAGUUGUAAAAAAUUAUAACAAAAUUGUUAACAAAUGUAAAAGUAAAUAAA